AUGCCAAUUCAUCUAUCUAUCUAUCUAUCUAUCUAUCUAUCUAUCUAUCUAUCUAUCUAUCUAUCCGCAUCUUUCUUUCCACUUUUAUCUAUCAUCUAUCUUUAUCUAUCUAUCUAUCUAUCUCCGCAUCUUUCUCUCUAUUUUCUAUCUGUCUGUCUGUCUGUUUCUAUCUAUCUAUCUAUCUAUCUAUCUAUCUAUCUAUCUAUCUAUUUUCAUCUAUUUAUCUGUCUGUCUGUCUCUCUGUAUCUAUCUAUCUAUUUAUCUAUCUAUCUUGUUCAAUUUAUAUCUAUUUACUUAUCUUUCUGGCCUCACGAGGCAGUAAUGCAAAGUUUUCUAUCUGCAUAUUUUCUCACUAUCUAUCUAUCUAUCUAUAUCUUACUUUUCACUAUUUAUCUCUGUUUCUAUUACUUAUCUAUCUGUCUGUCUAUCUAUCUAUCCACAUCUUUCUUUUCACUAUCUAUCUAUCUAUCUAUCUAUCUAUCUAUCUAUCUAUCUAUGUUUCUUUCUUUUAUCUGUCUGUCUAUCUAUCUAUCUAUCUAUGUUUCUUUCUUUUAUCUAUCUGUCUAUCCAUCUAUCUAUGGAUGUAUCACUUUGUCUCGUUUCAUGUAUUUCUAUUAA